UUCAGGUUUCCUACAAAACUUUUUGGUGUCAUGAUCAUGAAUUGUGCAAAGAGGUUAUUUAGCUUAAAGUUUGUACAAGGGGAUGUUUCUCAUAAAAAUUAGCAUAAUUUUCUGGCUUCCUACAAGUGGCUGAGUUGUUUUUUUUUUUUGGUGUCAUGAAAUGUUGCAAAGAGGUUAUUCACGGAGCUUGUUUGGAAAACAUGGCAGUGGGUUGGAAAUAGUUUAUACCUUGUCUUCCUGGUUGAUGAGCAGUCUUCCAAGUUACCAUAUGAGGCUUCUUAGAGGACUUAAACUCACAGGAGUACUAUGCGUCAAUUGAGUCCAACUAGGCUCCCUUCAUGGUGGAGUCUGAUUCAUACCUUGAAACAUAUCAUACUGUCUUGAGAUGACUGGUGAACCUUGCUGCUAUAACCAAACAUGGUAAGAGCUAGGAAGGAGUUGAUGUGUUAGUGUUUGAGAGCUAUAUCUAAUGGAUGCACAGGUGUUACAAGCCUCAGAUCAAUGCUAUGUAAGUUUCCAGUUUUCAAUCUAAUGCUUUCUAUUCCAUCCAAUUUCUUCUACUUUUUGUGAACCUUGCUGCCAUAGCCAAACACAACAAGAUCUAGGAAGGAGUUGAUGUGUUGGUGCUUGGAGCUAUGUGUGGUAGAUGUACAAGCAUAUAGAACAAGCUUCAUAUCAAUGUUAUAGCCGUUCAGGGCUUUCACCUCUUCCUCCAGAACUAGUUGCUCUCAACUAUGGUUGUGAUGCAAAUCAUGAUAUCUCUCUUGCUAUAGUUACUAGACCCAGUUUUAAGGAAUUGAAGAGGGAAAGGAGGGACAUUGGCCAUGGCAGUUGAGCUUAACAAGCAACAUGAGGUAUAUCAGGGAGACUGAACUUGUGAAACAUGCAGACUUUUACAAGUUUCACUCAUCUGUUUCUUUUGGGAUAUACAACACAGGAAGUGAAGCAGGAAAGAAGAGGAGUGAAGCAGGAAAGAAGAGGAUUUAGCAAGAGAUUGGCCACCAUUUGCCCCAGUUGUUCAUAAUGAUAUUGCCAAUGAUAUGCUCAUUUAUUGACAAAAGUUUAUGUUUAUUGCCCUUCCAUCAUUCUUAGGAUUGGUUCUGUGCUUUUUUUGGAAUGACAUAACUGCUACUGCAGCAUGCAUCGAAGGGGAAAGAUGGAAGCAUCAUACUGGGGAAUUGGAUCUCGUCUUCCCAUCAUGGUGACAGUUCGCAACAUCUUAUAAGAACUAAAGAUCAAACAUUACUGUUUUGAACAAAUACACAAUUAUCAAAAUAUCAAAAACAUGUUCAUAUCUGUUUAUGCCUUAUGGUGAACAAAAGGGAAAAACUCUUGAGAGGAAACAGAGAUUUGACCCUAAAGAUUUUGCUGAUUGUGUUUUCACUGGUUCUUACUGGGAUUACCUAAUGCAUGGAAUGAGAUUAUGUAUGCAUAUUUGUUGAGCAGUUGUAAAAAUCUUUGUGAUCCAUCUAAACCUUCUUUUUGGAUAUCU